AUGCAUCUUAUCACUGUAGUUGAUUAUGAUUUGUGGAUAUGGCAUGCAUAUUUUGGGAUGCCAGGGGCCAACAAUGAUAUUAAUGUGUUGGAGACAUCUAACCUUUUCUCUAACCUUGCUAUAGGUAUUGCUCCUCCUGCACAUUAUAUCAUUUGUGGAAAAGAGUACAAUAUGGGGUAUUAUCUAGCUGAUGGUAUAUACCCCAAAUGGGCGACUCUUGUUCAAACUAUUCAUGAGCCAAUUGGUCCCAAAAAGAAAUAUUUUGCGACAAAACAAGAAGCAUGUCGAAAGGAUGCCGAACAUGCAUUUGGAGUUCUUCAAAGUCGAUUUGCAAUUGUGGCAAAUCCAGCACGUUUUUGGAGUAAAAAUGAUUUGAAAGAUAUUAUGACUACUUGCAUAAUAAUGCAUAAUAUGAUAAUCGAGGAUGAACGAUAUCUUAAUUCUCCAAUUGUAGAAGGAAUAGAUGUGUCGCCUCCGAAUGUCAAAUUUGUUGAAGAUGAUGAGACUCAAGUUCAAGAAUUUCUUACCUGA